UAAACGACAGAACCUCACUGCGAACAAAACAAUGAGAAAGUAAAAGCUCCCGGAGCAAAUUGUCAACACAGACCUUUUCACUCUGCUCCCAAUUAUCUCCAAGAGCUAGAUUGAUAAUCACCGCCCAAGAAAGAUGGAGCUCAGGCCUGGUCUAUCAGCUCUGGUCACUGGUGGAGCCUCUGGAAUUGGUAAAGCGCUUUGCUUGGCUCUUGGAGCGAAGGGGAUAUUUGUGACCGUGGUUGAUUUUUCCGAAGAAAAUGGAAGGGAAGUGGCAUCACAAGUUGAAAAGGAGAAUGCAAAGUUCCAUCCUAAGUUAGAAUUUCCAUCUGCUCUGUUUAUAAAAUGUGAUGUGACCAACUCGAGAGACAUUACUGCUGCUUUUGAGAAGCAUUUAUUUACUUAUCGAGGAUUGGACAUCUGUAUCAACAGUGCUGGAAUUGGUAAUCCAAUACCAUUUCACAAGGAUGAAACUGAUGGCAGUCGUUCAUGGAGACACACUAUUAAUGUGAACCUAAUUGGAACUAUUAGAUGCACUCAGCUUGCGAUUAAAACCAUGGAAGCCAUGCGAAAGCCUGGUGUAAUUAUAAAUAUGGGAUCUUCUUCCGGUCUUUAUCCGAUGUACGUGGACCCUAUCUACUCUAGCUCAAAAGGUGGUGUUGUUCUAUUUACUAGAUCACUUGUACCCUACAAACGUAAAGGGAUUCGUGUCAAUGUGCUUUGUCCUGAGUUUGUUCAAACUGAGAUGGGCUCAAAAAUCGAUCCUAAAUUUAUUGAUUUAUUGGGGGGCUUUGUGCCUAUGGAAAUGGUGGUGAAAGGUACUUUUGAGCUUAUCACUGACGAGAGUAAAGCUGGUUCAUGCCUGUGGAUUACCAAUCGUAGAGGCAUGGAAUAUUGGCCCACUCCCACUGAAGAAGCAAAGUACUUGGCACGUUCUUCAAGUUCCAGGAAAAGGUCUCCACUCAAGGUUUCAUCAAAUUUCCAGCUUCCUCAGAGUUUUGAAAAAUUAGUUGUUCACACCUUAAGUCACAAUUUUCGUAAUGCUACCCGCAUUGUGAGCACGCCAUUGAGAUUGCCCAUCAAACCACAUCAUGUUCUUGUGAAAAUCAUUUAUGCUGGUGUAAAUGCUAGUGAUGUAAAUUUCAGCUCGGGGAGUUAUUUCAGUGGCAAAGAUAAGGGCCAAGGCUCCAGUCUUCCAUUUGAUGCUGGUUUUGAGGCUGUGGGAAUAAUUGCAGCGGUUGGAGACUCUGUGACUGACUUGAAAAUUGGCACUCCUGCUGCAGUCAUGACUUUUGGAAGUUAUGCUGAAUUCAUGAUGGUUCCUUCGAAACACAUUCUCCCUGUGGCAAGACCAGAUCCAGAAGUCGUUGCAAUGCUUACUUCAGGAUUGACAGCAUCGAUUGCAUUAGAUAAGGCUGGACAAAUGGAAUCUGGAAAAGCAGUUCUUGUAACUGCAGCUGCUGGAGGGACAGGUCAAUUUGCAGUCCAGCUUGCAAAAUUAGCUGGAAAUACAGUGGUUGCAACUUGUGGAGGUGAGGAAAAGGCCUUGCUUUUGAAAAAGUUGGGAGUUGAUCGGGUCAUAGACUAUAGAGCUGAAGACAUUAAAACUGUUUUGAAGAAAGAGUUUCCCAAAGGUGUUGACAUCAUCUAUGAGUCUGUGGGUGGUGACAUGUUUGAUCUGUGCUUGAAUGCUUUAGCAGUCUAUGGACGAAUGAUUGUGAUUGGAAUGAUAUCUCAGUAUCAAGGAGAGCAUGGAUGGAAGCCAUUAAAUUACACUGGACUAUGUGAGAAGCUUUUAUCUAAAAGCCAAACUGUGGCUGGUUUUUUCCUGGUACACUACAGUCACUUAUGGCAACAACAUCUGGACAGGCUAUUUAAUCUUUUCUCUAUGGGAAAGCUGAAGAUUGCAGUAGACCCAAAAAGAUUUUUGGGACUCCAUGCUGUUGCUGAUGCUGUUGAAUAUCUACAUUCGGGUAAAAGUGUUGGCAAGGUUGUUGUUUGCAUUGAUCCAUCGUUCAGUCAAGAAAUGGCAAAAUUAUGAGCAGAUGUUGUCAAAUUAUGUCCCAGAUAUAAUUUUCCUCCAUUUUUUGAACUAUUAAAUGUCAGUGUGAGGAAAGAUGACUGUGGGUCAGCUGUUACCAAGAUAUGUGAAUGUUUGUUUUGAGAAAACUCAAAUAAAUGUAGAACCUUAUUUAUAAAAGAAAUAAUAAAAAAAAAAAAAAAAAAGCCCUGGUCCACUUAGGGUGGUG